AUGGCUGGACUAGGGCUGGAUUAUCAAGGAUGUGAUUCCUUUGAUGCGUGUGAGGUGGCACGUGAAAAUUCGCCGAGUUUGGUCGGCCGUGAAGGUACCACACUUAAUGUCGGUAACGACAUUGUUGGCGAAACGCCGUUCAGUUCAGGGCUAGGCCCGCAUACUGUGCGUGGAGUGGCACGUGGAAAUCCACUGGGUGAAGAGUUCGAGUUUUAUGUAACACUUUACCAGAUGUUGGUCAAGGCAUUGGCUCUCGUAUAG